AUGACUGAUUCCGUGAUUUCCAAUCGGCACAAGGACUGUAUGCCCUGCCGACUGGUCAGCGGGUUCGGAGUGAUCGGUAUGGGAGUGUAUAUAGCGCUGCAAGGACAGAAACGACCGAACAAGCUAGGCCGGUACAGCAUGUUUGGAAUCGCGACCGCCGCUGGAAGUAUAGGCAUUGCACGCUUGCUAGACGUUUACCCUUUUGGCGACAGAUCGCACAAGUAG